CCGCUGCCGCCACCUCGGUCCUCCCCUCCACUGGCUCUUCUCCGCACUGCUUCCAGCAGGGAUUGCGAACUUUGUAUCCAGACCUGUUCAGCGGAUCUCUGUGGUCCUGACCUCGGCCCCGAUGCGUUUAUUGGCUGGCACUCGGGCUUCCUAGAGUUAAUGUCCAACUGGGGGUCUGCCGAGACCGGAUCAGAGGAGCCGCCGCUGGACGGGAAUCUAAGAUGAAGUUAUGGGAUAUUGUGGCUGUCUGCCUGGUACUGCUCCACACUGUGUCCGCCUUCCCGCUGCCUGCUGGUAAGAAGCAUCCCGGAGGGCCAGAAGAAGAGUACUCCCCCAGCCGACUGGCUCCUUAUGCUGUGAGAAGUGACUCAAAUAUGCUGGAGUAUUAUCCUGACCAGUUGGAUGACGUUGUGGAUUUUAUUCACAACACAAUCAAAAGACUGAAAAGGUCACCAGACAAACAAGCAGAAUUGUUUCCUCGGCGGGAGAGGAACAGACAAACUGGAGUCACCAAUGCAGAUAGAAAGAGGCAGAGGGGACAGAGGGGCAGGAACCGGGGCUGUGUCUUAACUGCCAUCCAUUUAAAUGUGACUGACUUGGGUUUGGGAUAUGAAACCAAAGAAGAAUUGAUUUUUCGAUAUUGCAGUGGGUCUUGUGAUGCAGCUGAGACCACAUAUGACAAAAUAUUAAAAAACUUAACCAAAAAGAAAAGGCUGAUGAGUGACAAAGUCGGGCAGGCCUGUUGUCGGCCCACUGCUUUUGAUGAUGAUCUGUCAUUUUUAGACGAUAACUUGGUUUACCACAUACUGAAAAAACAUUCCGCUAAAAGGUGUGGAUGUAUCUGACUCUGUUUCUGGGAGACGGCUAUGUAUUGCAUUCCUGCUACAGCGCAAAGGACGGGACCAAGGUUCCCAGGAAAUGUUUGCCCAGAAUGGAGAAUGAGGACCAAGGAUGGAGAUGAAGGAGGAGAGACAGACAGAAGUCAGCCAUCAUGGGAGCCUGGUGGAGGAAGAUCCCGCCACAGAUGACUGGAUAAGACAGAGAACGGCCCUCUGGUUUCUACAGGAAAGCAACUUUAAGGCACAUCACAAGCUCAGGGCCGGUGUUCCUGGAUGGAUGUUGCCACUGUCAUUUCACUUGGUACAAUCCACCAUCACCUAUCAUCAGCUCGGAAUGUGCUGAAAGAACACAACCACUUAGUCUCCUGUGGUUUGUUUUCACAUAUUUGGUUACACCAGGCAAACAACGCUGGUGUAAACUUACGUGGCAGUAAGAGUCAUUACUGAA